GUUUUGAACCUCUUCUCAAUUCAGCAAGAGUUGUAGUCUUGUUUAUAUUUUUCUAAAAUGUUGGUAUUGAAUUAUUGAGUUUGAAACUAUAUAUGAAAUACAUUUGGCUACAUAUUUGCUUUUAUAAAUAGCCAUUACAUUGGCAUCGUUGAACUUCUGUUUAUGCUGCAUGUGAUCCUGUGGGAGCAGCAGGACAAGCUGAAAACUCAAACUGUUUUCAAGGAGAACAUGUUAGCAAACAGUUGACCAUUUAUACAAGCAGUAGACAUGGAACAACAACAGUAUUAAUUUGUCUUACUUGCGUUUCCAUCCACCUGAUCCCUUUAUCUCUAUUUUAAGUCUGCACCAGUUCCUGGGAGAAAAUAUGUGGCUCUUUAGCUGCUAAAUGCUCCACUAUGUUCAGCAAAUCUCGAACUGGGUGGUGUACAGUGGAGGAGGAAAUUAAGCCAACAGUAAAUUCAACAAUCCCUCACACAGUCUGAUGUAGAAACACUGAUCAGCCCAGCGUUCGACAAAAUGUUGGGGGGUUACUGACAUCAAAACGUUGCACACACGCUAAGGAAGGAUGGGGCGUCGGGUGAUUCAACUUAAUGAGAGAGUGAGGUCAGGGUGGACGUGAGCGGAUGUGGCAGAGAUGUGGUGGAGUGGGAGAGAGCAGGGUUAUCAUAGCGAUGAGUGCUAAAUACUGACACUGUCUGGAUGGGAAGAGAAGAAGGCGACCAUCAAAGAUGCGGGAAGAAAUAGAGGAAGAGAUUAUCUUGACUGUUGAGAGGAGCAGAUGAAAGGGUACUUGGCCAAGCUGUCAUCAGUUGGAAGCAUCAGGGAUGAGGAGACGUGCGAGAGGUUACGAGGCCUCAUUCAGAGACAGGUCCAGAUCUGUAAGCGCAGUGUGGAGGUCAUGGAUGCGGUGCGUCGUGGAGCCCAGCUGGCUAUAGAUGAGUGUCAGUUUCAGUUUCGCAACCGUCGAUGGAACUGCUCCACUCUCGAGACGAUGCCUGUGUUUGGCAAAGUGGUCACCCAGGGCACCCGUGAGGCAGCCUUUGUGUAUGCCAUCUCAGCAGCCAGUGUGGCGUUUGCGGUCACAAGGGCCUGCAGCAGCGGAGAGCUGGAAAAAUGUGGCUGCGACCACAAUGUACAUGGAGUCAGUCCAGAGGGUUUCCAGUGGUCGGGCUGCAGCGACAACAUUGCGUACGGAGUGGCUUUUUCUCAGUCCUUCGUGGAUGUGCGAGAGAGGAGUAAAGGCCAGUCCUCCAGUCGGGCUCUCAUGAACCUGCACAACAACGAGGCUGGCAGAAAGGCCAUCCUGUCCCACAUGCGUGUGGAGUGCAAGUGUCACGGCGUGUCCGGCUCCUGUGAGGUGAAGACCUGCUGGAAAGCCAUGCCGCCCUUCCGCAAGGUGGGCAACGUCAUCAAAGAGAAGUUUGACGGCGCCACUGAGGUGGAGCAGCGCAAGGUGGGCACCACUAAAGUCCUGGUGCCUCGCAACUCCCAGUUCAAACCUCACACGGACGAAGACCUGGUCUACCUGGACCCUAGUCCCGACUUCUGUGAUCACGAUCCACGCACGCCGGGUAUGCUGGGCACGGUGGGCCGCCAGUGCAACAGAACCUCAAAGGCCAUCGACGGCUGCGAGCUGAUGUGCUGUGGCCGCGGCUUCCAGACGCAGGAGGUGGAGGUGGUGGACAGGUGCAGCUGCAAGUUCCACUGGUGCUGUUAUGUCAAAUGCAAACAGUGCCGCAAAAUGGUGGAGAUGCACACUUGCCGGUGAUGGAAGUGGGAGCACAGAAGGCACUGCUGAUGGACAAAACAAGCGCCCCACACUCUUUCUCAUCUCUCAAGGCUAGAGGGAGCGAGGAGGACUUGUGAAGCGCCUUCUUCUCCUGCUUGAAACCAACCCGCUCACCAACUACUGCUCAACGGAAAACAGACUGAGUUGUCAUCCUCUUCAUUUUAUGCCACCUUGUAUGGAUAUGAAUAGCUUAUGUCAGGGAGUUUCCUACAAAGCUACAAAGGCAGUUUGUUUCUUCUCAAAUAAUGAGCAUAUUUCACUUUGUCUCCCCCCCUCACUCUCUUAUUUGGUUUGAUGCUUCUUAUUAUUUUUGUAAUGUUUAACUUAUUUGUUGAGACUGUUGGGGAGACGGGGGGUGUGGACUUAGAAAAAGAAUGGGACAGACAAGUGGAGAUAAGAAACAAACUGGACCCAUGGAUGGGCAAGUAGGUGGGUGGGAUUAAGGGGUUAGGGUGAAGUGUUUAUUUGCCCUCUGUCCUCUCUGCUGAGAGCUUGGAUGUCAAAAAAGGGAGAUGCAAAGUCUGUCAGAGGUCGGACUACAACAGCGAGGCAGAGCGAGGCGCAGAUGGAGUCUAAAUGGCCGUGCAGCGCUGAGGUUCAGUUGCUGCUGAGUCGUUUAUUUUGCCCCCUGCAGUGCCCUGAUGCUGCUCCACUCACACUCACUCACUCACUCUCUUUCUGCCAGAGAGAGGAUGAGGAUGAGGAUGAGGAUGAGGAUGAGGAUAAUGAUGAUGAUGAUGAUGAUGAUGAUGAUGAAAAUGAUGAUGAUGAUGAACAGGUGAAAGCCACUGUCAGCUCCUUUCUGUCUUUUCUGUCGUUCCAGUAGCACUGACAUUUGAUGGGCAUCAGACACAAAACACACACACUCAGCGAAAUGAGUGCUACCUGCACUGGAAACAGGUUCCAGAUCUUUUGUAAUGUAUAUCGCAUUGUGAAAAUGUUGCGUGCCCAUUUGGAUCGAUGUAGAACUUGGCCUUCUCCUGCAUGCCGGCAUCUGCCAAUUGCAAGUUGCAUGCAAGACGGGCAUGCACCAGCGAACACACACAGUGUAAACAAACCCAAACACACACACACACACACACAAAGGGGUCUGAGAGGGCUACCGAGCAUGUUCACCAUGCAUGAUGACUGAAGCACUUUCUCUCCAAGCGCACAUAAAUCCCUCGCCCCACAGUAACAACAUCCAAACACAUAUACAUUUUCACUUUUUCUCUCUCUCUGGCACACACACACACACACACACACACACACACACACACACACACACCGUUUCCCAUGCCACUGUCAGGACUCUCUUGUUGUCUUGUACCACCACCAUAAAGCCAAGCUUUCCUAUAAUAAAGUGCUAUCAUUAUAGAGACAUACUGUAGAUCUGUAAAGACUUAUACACUGAAGACUAUACUGCCUAUGAAUGUAUGUUAAUACGGAAUAUAUGCUGUGUCAAAAAUUACUGUUGUGACUUCUUUCAAAAUCAAGUACGUGUUGUGUGUGUGUGUGAGAGAGAAAGAGAGACAGAACGAGAGAAGGAAUGCCACAAAAACAAUGUUGCCCAGAAGGAAAGAGAAAAAACAUGAGGACAGAAAGAUGGAAAGUGAAAGAGCAGAUUCUAUUCCACCACCACACACACACACACGCGCGUGCACACACCGCCUUGCUGACAGACAUACACAUAUUUCAAUAAAAUCGUCCAUUUCCCGUG